AUGGGUGCUGGAUCCAAUCCGUAUAAUGAAGAGCUCAUACUAAAAUCUUAUGGUCUUCUUGAUUCAUCAACCAUCGAGCAGUUGGGUUCUACACUUGGUAGGGAAUGUUCAACAAAGACAACCAAAAAAGUUCCACCAAGACUUACCGGAAUUCGGCAUAGUGCACAUAAUUUAUUGGAAGAUAGCCUGAUUCCGAUGCCCAAAGGUGGAUUUCAUGAAAGGGCAAUUGCAACUAUAAAUGCAUCCAGAAAACCGUCUGAAAAGGCACUAAGAAACAGGUCACACUACUUUCAAGCUACCUCAUCCAUGAAGGACAAGUCUCAUUUUCCACUGAAGAUAAAGAGUACGAAGUUAAAUGGAUACACAAGGAAGAAAUUUGCUGAAUUGAGGAGCAAGUUCAAAACUUCUGGACCCGCACAGACACAUACAAUGCCUGAAGUACAUGUUAUUCGUCCAAAUAAGCCGCAUUCUUCUCUUCCAAAUGUUAUCCCAGAAUCAGACAUGUCAAAAUCUCCUGAAAGAAGUAUUACAGAUAAUGAAACGUUACAAACGCCUGCGGUAAAUUCAAGAUUUUUGUUUAAUGAGUCUUCACAGACAAAUUCUGUUCCACCAUACAUUGGUCCAAAUCAAGAAAAACCCAAAAGAAGGCACCAGACGACUAAAGACGGUGAUGCAUGCAUUUUCUGUGGGCUCCCUCUCUAUGAUACACUCUCCAUUGAAGGAAAAGAGCAAGUUAUUGAUCUUUCCUGUGAACACCAAGUUCAUGAGCAAUGUCUUUUGCUCGAGAUGGAAUUAAAAAAUAUGAGUUUGCAGGACUCAACUGAUACAUCACUCUCCAGUUCACCUAUAGAUGAGGCUGUUAUGCGAAAUAAUUCAUAUCCAAAGUGUCCGAAGUGCAAUAAUGGUACAAUUGCAGUGCCCAGAGACUCAGAGAUCAAAGAUAGGCUUGGAGUACAGAUUUUACUUUAUCCCAAAACCAAUUUAUUACAGAAGCUUCUUGGGAAAUCCACAGGUGCAAAAAUUGACUAUAGCCCUGUUCAAGUUGCUGGCGAUGGAAUUUCAUCAAUGGUAGCAUCAUCUGUGAAUUCUUUAUCAUCAAAUUCUUCUCCUGGCUCCAAUACAUCUUUCAAAUUGGAUUCUAAGCUUCGUGAAGAGAUAUUACCGGUACCUCCUGACUGGGUCUUAAUGUAUGAUGUUGAAGAUCUCCGGAAGAAAUUUAUUACAGAGUUAAACACGAUGGUUGAAGAUCAGGAUGUGAAUUCACUAAAUGAAGAUCUCAUUUUAACGCGAAGCCUCCUAGACUCCUUUGGAUCCCUUCGUCUAUUUGACAAAAUAUCCUUUAGAUUUGAGAAUCAAAGGAACUUUUUACAAUGGUAUUGCUACUUUUUUAAACAUAUGCUUGUAUUCUUGGAGCCUCGAAAAGCUUUGUUCGCUUUAGAACCGAUCACGCCUUUAAUUCGCAUAAAGGCUGUUUCCGAUUCUGAGUUGUCGAUCUCAGGGGGCCAAAGAAAUUUAUUGUCUGUCAAUUUAAAGAGUGAUUAUCCUGGACUCAUUUCUAAAUGGAGGAACGCACUUGAGAAUAACAAGGCUUUAUUUGGGUUAGAUUUAUUGACAUCAACUGUCUCCGAGGAUGAAUUCAAACCUAUCUUGGAAAAAAUGAAAACGGAUGAGGUGCCAACUACAAUUCCCCUCCGGAAUUCCCCAAAAAUAAACAAAAAUAUUUAUGAGUACACAUUUUCUGCGAUUAAUAAUGAUGACACACCGGAUAAUAUCGUGGUGCUGAUAAAUGAAAUGGAUAUGCGAACAAAAAAAUCAUUUAUAUCUAUUGUGAACAUUUUCCGCUGCUUUGAUAUAUUGAACAUAAAUACUGCUGCGAUAUUUUCUUCCAUAGAUCUUCCCACAUGGGAUAGUAUGUGUGAAAAUGUGGUACAUUUUGGGAAGAAAGAUUUUGAGGAUAAUGCAGCCCAGCUCAAGGCGAAAAUUCUCAGGAUGCAAACUAAUCUUAAAGCUAUGGACUCAAAUCGCAAGAAUGAAGACAAAAGAACUAUCAUGAAUCUUGUUGAAUCUGCAAUUGACAAGUGGAAGAUCGGCAAAACUAUGUUGGUCAUACUUUCGGAUUCUGCCCUUGAUAAUUUUAAGUCGGCUGGAAUUCAAAGUGUCUUGAUAGAGAUUAACACAAAAGAAGCAUGUAACGAUUCUGGAUCCGAAAUAGUCAAUAUUUUAAACUGGGAAGAUAUUAUGGAAGUUCUUUGUGAAAAGUGUCACCUAGAUUUUGACAAUGUUUGCUUAUCUGAUGAUAGCACGAAGGACGAUGAACUGGACGCUAAUUGA